AUGAAGUCUUGCGCAUUAUUUGUGUGUUUUACUGCAUUCUUUUUGGUAUUUGCGCGGAGUGCUCAAGCUCAACUUCCCACCUUCACUUACAAUCUCAAUACGAAACCCUUAGCAGAAAAGCAGAAUCUUUGUGAACAAAAUAAAGGCUACUGUAUCACUAACUGUGGUGGUAUUAAUCAGGCUCCUAAGAAUUUCUGUAAUGCAACAACAAUGGGUUGGGGCUGUGGCUGUCUUGAGAAAAUCCCAGACUAUCAAGCAUACGAAUGGCCGAUCAACUACCAAGAUUGUCUUGGACAUGGUGAGGCGUGCAAAACUGCUUGCCAAAGUGAUCAGGUACCAGCUGACCAAAAAGGUUCAUGUAAUACCGCCUGUGUAUCUAGCAUCUCUUCAAAAUGUGGUACAAAAGACCAACCACCAGCCUACUACAAUGUAAACGAUAUGCUCGAAACACCCACCUACGGACCAAAGACGAACAGCAAUAACAGCACCUCGAAAAAUGGAACUAGCAGUUCGAAUAAUGGCACAGGAUCAAGUAAUUCGGCUGUACCCAUAGGAAUGACAUUAUAUUCGUCUUUGGGAUCUGCUGUUUCGGCGUUUAUUGUCGUUGUUGGUGGAAUGAUGUUACUUUAA